CUUGCAGUGGCUGCAUUUCAGUGACGUCACCAGCAUGGCGGCUCUGGCUGGCUUGAGGGUCUUGGGCUACAGCGGUGGGGUAGCAUGGGUUGCACGCGCCGCCUCGUGGCGGGUCCCCCGCGGACAGAAGCUCGGGGGGCAGGUGCAGUUGUGCUGCUUGUCCGUCUGUGAGGGGCGCCAGUACAGCUCGGAGGCGAAGAGCGAGGACGAACUGAGGGUCAGAUACCUGGAGGGAGAGGAACAAGGAAUUGUGGUACUUGGAAUAAAUCGUCCACAAGCAAAAAAUGCAAUCAGUAAAGGUUUGCUCAAAUCGAUGAUGAAGACAGUUGAUUCAUUGAAGGGCAAUAACAAGGCAAGGACUGUAAUCUUACGGAGUGAAGUCCCCGGAGUGUUUUGUGCAGGGGCAGAUUUAAAAGAAAGGGCAAAGAUGCAUCCAAGUGAAGUAGGACCAUUUGUAUCAAAGGCUAGAGCUCUCAUGAAUGAAUUUGCAAACCUUCCAAUGCCAACCAUUGCUGCCUUGGAUGGAGCAGCUCUAGGUGGAGGCUUAGAGAUGGCUUUAGCCACUGACAUCAUAGUGGCAGCUUCUUCAGCCAAAAUGGGUCUAGUAGAAACCAAACUGGCCAUAAUUCCCGGAGCAGGUGGAACACAGAGGCUACCCCGUGCUGUUGGAGUGGCCGUGGCAAAGGAACUUAUAUUUUCUGCACGUAUCCUGGAUGGUAAUGAAGCCAAAGUCAUCGGCUUGGUCAGUCAUGUUGUAGAACAGAAUGAUGAAGGAGAUGCAGCUUAUAAAAGGGCUUUGGCUUUAGCGCGGGAAUUCAUAACUCAGGGACCGAUUGCAAUGAGAAUGGCUAAAUUAGCAAUCAACCAAGGCAUUGAAGUGGAUCUAGCCACAGGCUUGGCAAUAGAAGAAGCAUGCUAUGCUCAGGUUAUUCCAACUAAAGAUAGAAUUGAAGGCUUACUAGCAUUUAAGGAUAAACGGCCUCCUCGUUUCAAGGGAGAGUAAAAGGACCACAGCAAUACCUUUCCUAAGAACAUAGCAGAAGAAAUGUGUUGGGGACCUUCUAUGUUUGCAUUGCCUCGAAUCACACAGCCAUGGAAAAUCAAAACAUUAUGGCAUGUGAAAUGUGCCCAUACAUGUUCCUAAUACUGUAUAUCACUCUCAUAGUCUCUGACAGUGCCUGUGACAACAAGCGCAGUCAAAAACCUUUGUCUUGUAAGUUAACAGAAAUGUCAGAGUCUUCAGCUCAUAGCCAGCGCUAGUAAGGUCUGGGGCUGCACAUGUGCAUUUUGUUUUCUUUGCUUCAGCAGCAUUGUACGUUACGAAACACUGUUCGAAUAGAAUGUAAAAAUAAUGUAAACUUAAGCCAUAUUAAUUAUUGUUCAUAUUAUUAAUUAAAGAUGUCAGAAAACCAUACCGGGCAAAAAAACAUUUACAAGAAGUCCAUUGACUAAAUGUACUUGAUUAAUAAAGUUGUGUUGCAUCAAUCUG